ACGCAGGCGCGUGGGGCCGCGGCGAGAACCCCACGCGGGAGCUUUUGGAGUCCCCAGUCGCCGCUUCUCACUUCACUGGAGAGGGGUCCGGGAGGGAACCAAUAAAGAGUGAAUGUGCCGCAGCCCCGGUGGCGGCCGAGUUGCUGCGAACGACCCCGGAGUCGUGCGCUCGGGAGGCGGCGAGGGGAGGCGGUUCGCCUCGUCCCUCCCACCCGCCCCUUUCUCUCUGUCUCUCCCUCCUUUCCUCCCGCUGGUCCCAGAUCCUCGCUCUGUCCGGCCCCUUCGUCCCCGACCUCGCACUCUUCGAUCUCCGCAGUCCUUUACCUAGGGCGUCCCAAAGUGCCAUGGGUUAGGGUGGGGACCGCGAGCCGCGGGAAAGGACUAGCCCCGAUUCUCCGCCGGGGGGCGUGAAGCCGAUCGCCGCUUGCCUCUCGCGGUUGUCCGGCUAUGGGGAGAGCGGUGUGAGCCCGCAACCCCCGGAGCACGCAGGAACAGCGGAGCCCGGCGCCCCGAGGAGCCGGGGAUCUGAAGAAGGAGCGGAGGGAGGGCGAGGAGGCGGGCGGGGAAGCCGGGGAAAAGUGCAGCCAGGAGGAGAAGGCGGCGGAAGGUGGGGAUUGAUGCUUCUGUUUUUUGUUGCCGCUGCUGCGCUCGCGCUGGGAGCCAAGCCGGAGGGAAGGCGGUGGAGAGAUGAUUGCAGAGUUGGUGAGCAGCGCUCUGGGGCUCGCCUUGUAUCUCAACACCCUGAGUGCGGAUUUCUGCUACGAUGACAGCCGUGCUAUCAAGACUAAUCAGGACCUGCUGCCAGAAACCCCCUGGACCCACAUUUUCUACAAUGAUUUCUGGGGGACUCUUCUAACCCACAGUGGUAGCCACAAGUCCUACCGGCCGCUCUGCACUCUUUCUUUUCGACUGAAUCAUGCCAUCGGAGGGCUGAAUCCCUGGAGUUAUCACCUUGUCAAUGUCCUGUUGCACGCGGCCGUCACCGGCCUCUUCACACGCUUCUCCAAGGCCCUGCUUGGGGACGGAUACUGGACUUUCAUGGCCGGCUUGAUGUUUGCCUCGCACCCCAUUCACACGGAGGCAGUGGCGGGCAUCGUGGGACGGGCAGACGUGGGCGCCAGUCUCUUUUUCCUCCUGUCCUUGCUCUGCUACAUCAAGCACUGUUCUACAAGAGGCUACUCAGCCAGAACUUGGGGCUGGUUCCUGGGGACAGGACUGUGCGCUGGAUGCAGCAUGCUGUGGAAGGAGCAAGGAGUGACCGUCCUCGCAGUUUCAGCCGUUUAUGAUGUCUUUGUCUUCCACAGGCUGAAGAUGAGGCAGAUUCUUCCUACCAUUUACAAAAGGAAGAACUUGUCUCUCUUUCUCAGCAUUAGCUUGUUAACAUUCUGGGGGACCAGCCUUUUGGGUGCCCGGUUAUACUGGAUGGGCAAUAAACCACCAAGCUUUUCCAACUCCGACAACCCCGCUGCUGACUCGGACAGCCUUUUGGCUCGCACGCUCACCUUCUUCUAUUUACCUACCAAGAACCUCUGGCUAUUGCUCUGCCCGGACACCCUGAGCUUUGAUUGGUCCAUGGACGCCGUGCCUCUUCUCAAAACAGUUUGUGAUUGGAGAAAUCUACACACUGUGGCCUUCUAUUCUGGACUUCUCCUCCUCGCCUACUGUGGUUUGAAGAGCCCAAGUUUAGAAGGAGAGUGCAACGGGAAAGCUGUGACAAACGGCAAGCAGAACGCCAAUGGCCAUAGUUGCUACUCAGACGUGGAGUACCGGAACUCAGAAAUUAAGCCCAGCUUUGCAUCCAAAGUAGAGAAUGGAAUUAAAAGUUGCGUAUCACAGAGACCUCAGCUCCCUUCCACUGAGAACAUUGUCAUCCUGUCUUUAUCUUUGUUGAUAAUACCUUUUAUUCCUGCCACGAACCUGUUUUUCUAUGUCGGCUUUGUAAUCGCAGAGCGAGUCUUAUAUAUUCCCAGUAUGGGCUUCUGCCUUCUGAUCACAGUGGGCGCCAGAGCCCUUUACGUCAAAGUACAAAAGAGGUUUCUCAAGAGCCUGGUUUUUUAUGCUACAGCAACGUUAAUUGUCUUCUACGGACUCAAGACUGCCAUCAGGAACGGAGACUGGCAGAAUGAGGAGAUGCUGUAUAGAUCAGGGAUCAAAGUGAACCCCGCCAAAGCGUGGGGUAACCUUGGAAAUGUUCUGAAGAGUCAGAGUAAAAUCUCCGAAGCUGAAAUUGCCUAUAGAAAUGCUCUGUACUACCGCAGCAACAUGGCUGACAUGCUGUAUAAUUUAGGGCUGCUGCUCCAAGAGAACAGCAGGUUUGCAGAAGCUCUCCAUUAUUACAAACUGGCCGUCGGCAGCAGGCCCACCCUGGCUUCUGCCUAUUUAAACACCGGCAUCAUUCUCAUGAACCAAGGGAAGACAGAAGAAGCCCGACGUACAUUCCUCAAGUGUUCUGAGAUUCCAGAUGAGAAUCUGAAGGAUCCUCAUGCACAUAAGAGUUCUGUUACCAGCUGCCUGUACAACCUCGGGAAACUCUAUCAUGAGCAAGGACGCUAUGAGGAAGCCCUGAGUGUUUAUAGGGAAGCAAUUCAGAAGAUGCCAAGGCAGUUUGCCCCUCAGAGCUUAUACAACAUGAUGGGCGAAGCAUACAUGAGACUGAGUAAGCUUCCUGAAGCUGAGCAUUGGUACAUGGAAUCGUUGAGAUCCAAGACGGACCACAUCCCUGCUCAUCUUACCUAUGGGAAGCUGCUGGCGCUAACAGGUCGUAAGAGUGAGGCUGAAAAGUUCUUCUUGAAGGCUAUUGAGCUGGAUCCUACCAAAGGAAACUGUUACAUGCACUAUGGUCAGUUUCUCCUAGAGGAAUCUCGCCUCACAGAAGCAGCUGAGAUGGCCAAAAAAGCAGCUGAGCUGGACAGCACAGAGUUCGAUGUCGUCUUCAAUGCUGCCCACAUGCUCAGACAAGCUAGCCUCAAUGAAGCUGCGGAGAAGUAUUACGAUCUUGCAGCGAGACUGAGACCUAACUACCCUGCUGCUCUCAUGAACCUAGGGGCCAUCCUGCAUCUCAAUGGGCGACUCCAGAAGGCUGAGGCCAACUACCUGAGGGCUCUGCAGCUCAAGCCGGAUGAUGUCAUCACUCAGUCCAAUCUCCACAAGCUGUGGAACAUCAUGGAAAAGCAAGGCUUGAAGACCUCCAAGACCUGACACUCGAGAACUAGCCGCCUCCUCCUACGCUUGUCAAAGCUGGCUUCAUUAACAGACAGAUCUUUCCAGCAGUGCGGUGGUGAUAAAAGCUCACAGGAGACAACAAGCCCAGGACAGAGGUCAUCAUGGUUACCGCCACUGCUAGGAGAAUCCACUUUGCUAUGGGCACAGCCCUUAACACCAAAAAGGGGAACAUUGAGAACCUCUGGGAGGGUGUAAUUGUUACCCAUAGACUAAACCAGAGCACUUAACAGGACUUUGGGGCGUUCUUAGAAGGGAGUGGGAUCUCAGCUGCAGAUGUUGUUCACUUUUGAGGGAGAGUUUGAAAUUAUAUUGUUCCUUAAACACUGUGAGAGGAAGUCAGAGAGCCCAUCCAGCCACAGUGAACUCUUAAGGGGGUGAUUAACACAUAGCGUGAAUCCCAGUGAGCCACCGGUUGUCCUUAU